GAAAAAUUCUGAAACGCAACUGUGGUGGUGUGAAAUUCUAGCGUUUCCUCUCGUCGCAUCUUCUUCUUCUUCUUCGUCAUCUUUGAGUCUUUGACCUCAAAGCUUUCCCCAAAUCCGCGUUCACAGUUUCUCGAGUUUUCAGCCAGAAAAGUUGCCCUCCUUGAAGCAAAACAGAGCCUUGGCAUUGGCAAAUCUCUCAGAUCUUGGAGUAUUUCUUUGGAAUUUAGUAACUUGUUCAUUACAAACAUUGAAUGAUAAGGAUACACGACAGGCAUGGAGUGCAACAAAGACGAGGCAGCAAGGGCAAAAGAAAUUGCAGAGACGAAGUUCAAAAUGAAAGAUAUUGCUGGGGCAAAGAAAUUUGCCUUGAAAGCUCAAAGUCUGUAUCCAGAGAUAGAAGGUGUUUCUCAGAUGUUGGCAACUUUGGAUGUGUAUACCGCUGCAGAAAACAAAGUAAAAGAGGAUGUAGACUGGUAUGGGAUACUCAAAGCAAGUCCGCGCGAUGAUAAUGAAACGUUGAAGAGAAAUUACAGGAAGCUUGCUCUAAUGCUUCACCCUGAUAAAAACAAGUCUAUUGGAGCUGAAGGAGCUUUCAAGCUUGUUUCUGAAGCUUGGAAAUUCUUGUCAGAUAAGGAAAACAGAGCAGCUUAUGAUCGUAGGAAAAGUCUCCACUCAGUUUAUCAGAAGGUCUCGGUUUCAUCUUCUAAUAACGGGUUCUGCAAUUUCGCAAAGACUACCUUCACUACAAAUGCGAGGACGACAACACAGAGGAACAAUCCGCCUACCCAAAAGAAAAAUCCGCCAGCCCAGAAGAGCAAUCCACCGACCCAGAAGAACAAUCCGCAAAAGCCAGUUGGUAAUACACAGAAAACAGGACGGACUGAUCAUCAAACAACAACACCAAGCUCAUUUACUGCAUCUGGGUCGUCAGACCAAUCAAAGUCGAAUACUUUCUGGACAGUCUGCAGGAGAUGCAUGAUGCAGUACGAGUAUCUAAGACUUUAUGUCAACUGUAACCUUCGGUGUCCUAAUUGCCUACAGUCGUAUUUGGCAGUAGAAGUCCCUAAACCAGGUAUAUCAAGCCGUUGGAGUAGUUUCAGCCGUCUAAACCGAAACCUGGAUCCAAAGUCGGCUGCAAACCACAAUACUACUUCAGGUUUAUUUAAUAACUCCAAGUGGACUUUCUCAAGAACUAGCAGUGCAGCUCAUGCUGCAAGUGUGGUUCAACAGGCUUAUGAGAAGGUAAAGAAAGAUCGCGAGCAGGCAAAAGCAACCGCGAGAAGAGAAAAGAAGAGUUCGAAAAGGAAGAGCACAACUGAUUCGUGUGCUUCUGGUAGUUCGCUUAAAAAGAGGAAAGUGUAUGGAGAAACUGAUAUAUGUUCCUCUAGUGGAAGACAGGUCACGUACUAUGUGACUGGUGAAACGGGAAAAAACAUGAGAAAGUUAGAACAUGGAACCAAAGAGAUAGCGGACAAGCUGUCUCCUAGAAGAAGAACCCCGAGAAGGAUUAGCAAGGAGGAUGUAACAAGAGAAGUAAAGCCGCGCUAGCGAUCUGACCCGGUCAAGGGAGGUUUGAUUUAUGUAGGCAUAAUUGUGGUUGAUGGAUUCUCCAGGCUAUAACCAGUCACUAGGAUAUAUUUUGUAUUGUUGGGUCAGUUGGUAGUGUUUUGGUUCUAACAUUAUAGAGAGGGAUGAGUCGAGUCUUUUUGGGCAGACGACACAAACUGCUUUCCAAAUUUUUCAAAACAGACUCAGUGUUGUGUCAAUUUGGUGUGUUGUAGCUAGCAACGAUGACUUCGGUUCAUGACUCUUAAGUAAAUGCUAUGUUUUAGUGAUCUAAAAGAUUGCUUCGCUUUCCCCAACAACAAGUUGCUUCAAGGAAUCAGGCGUAUUCAUUCAUGUCUAGCACGAACAAGUCAACUAAGAAGCGGACUAGCUGCAACUCGUUCUGCAUCUGGCUAACUUAUACAGCUCUCACUCCUUCAUGCUCCCCAUAAUAGGCGAGGGCAUUCUGAAAUACGUAAUAGCUUGUGCGCCUGUCAUGUUGCCUGCGUGACCUCCUCGAAGGACAAGAAAGACGGUCUCACGGAUCAAAUGCUCAAGUUUCUAUGAACUCAUCCCACCAGCUGAGGAAAGCGAAGAGCCUACUACCUUUUGAGCGAAUGCUUAGAUUGAAUCCUCAAAUGUACAACCAGUUUCUCUGUUCGUUUUAAGUUGUUAUACAAAACUCAUCUUUAUCACACCAAUCAAAA